ACCUUGCUUACGCAAAUGCUUUAGCCGGAGCUUGGAUUGGGUUGGAUUGGCGCCGGAAACUUCACAAAUCAUUCCUCAAUUUCACGAAUCAGAAAUAUGUAUAUAUAACAAAAGUGAAAAACACUUCCCAAAUUUGAAAAACGAUGUCGGAUCCUGACAGAAACUGGGAUUUCUAUCUGCGAACCUUAUCGAACAGCGCUCGAGACUCCAAUCUCGCCACUGAUCCUGCCGCCGAUCCGUCACUUGUCAACGCUGUUAAGAAACUGUACGAGUUGUGUAAAGAAGAGAAGAACGAGGAUCUCGUGGCUAGGGUUUAUCCUCACUUCAACAAGCUCUUCCAACGAUCUGUUGCCUCGCUUUCUCAAUCUCGAACCUCCAAUAGCAUUCUCUUACUGGCUAUUAUUCAAUUUUUUCUUGACUUCAGUGAGAUGGUUUUGCAUGAUGCUGAUCCCAGCCUUAGGACAUUUUUUCGUUCCUGUUUGAGCCGUGAAUUUGCAGAUCCUACUGUUGCAGAGGCAACCCUUGAUUUUCUGAAUGUAAACAAGAGAAAACUUCUGACCUCAUUCCCUACACUGCUGCCUCAGUUUUUUCCACUGUUGUUAAAGCUAAUAGCAUGGAAUGGAGAAAAAUUAGAGAAAGCUUUCCUGAAGGUUUUUCCUGCAUUGAUGUCACCUGCAUCAUUUCUUCUGUUACUUUCAUCUUUAGUGGAUUUACCAAUUUUGGUUGUGGCAUUGGAAAAGGUUGAAAAGAAUUCAGGACCACUCAUUGGAAGCAAUAUAGCUACAAUUCAGAAGAGCUCAGCUCCUGAGAUGCAGAUGCUACUUGCACUUAUGGAUGAAGCUUAUACUGGUUCAACCAUAGCAGAUGGAGGGGGAGACUCUGAAUCUGAGGAUAGCAGUGCAAUCGAUGUAGCUGAUCCUCUGUUUCUUGAACUUCUGAAGGAUGAAAAUGAUGGGCUUGCUGAAAGACACUGGACUAAUCCUACAAUGGCUGCAACACUGCAAGCUGCAAUAAAUAUCCCUCAAUCUGAGAGGUUGAAGCAGAUACUGAAAAUGACACCUCGGUUUUUGGAUAUGUAUUUUUCCAUAGCAUUACGUGAUGUCAAUGAUUCUUUAAUUUGUGCACUAAUUCCCCAGCUUAUGACGAGAAAUGCUACUCUUUUCUUGGACAAGAACUUUUCGUAUGAGGUUCGUAGGCGGCUUUUAGAAUUUAUGCUUGCUGCAUUUCAGCGGUCUCCAGAUUUUAUUGCACUUCUGAAGAAGCCUAUAGCGGACAAGCUUGGAGAAGCAUAUGAUAGCCCUGCAAAGAUGGAGUUGGCAUUACAAUUAUGUUGGGCCAUUGGGGAGCAUGGUGGAGGUGGUGCAUCUCACAAAGAUGCAGCUCGCGAGCUUUUUGAGAACUUAGAACUACUUCUUUAUGAGAACCUUUCAUCAAGCCGUCUUGGCCUAAGGCAGGAAGCCCUUACAGCUGAGAGUGAAAAGUACAGAAAGUCGUCACAAUCCAGGCUUCUCUGUUUUGUUGUUACAGCUAUUGCAAAGCUAGCGACAUAUCACCGUGAAUUAUUACCAAGGGCACGUGUAUCCUUGGGCAAGGUAGCGCGAUCUCGAAUCUCAGAUGCAAGGGUCUGGAAGCGUGCUUGUGACUAUUUAGGUUUAAUGAGCGAUCCUGCAAUUUGUUUGUCUAUUUUGGGGCCUUCACAACCCUCACGUGGCAUGCAACACCCGGGCACUGUCAAUUGGAGUGAAGGCGGAAAAAAGAUGGUUGGACAUAUACCCUUUUAUAUUCUUGGUGAACAAGAAGGUCCACCCUUUCAUGAUUUUGCAUUAUCAGAUAUUCUACCAAGAAGAUGAAGACUAGAGCGACUUGUGGUAACUAUGUGUAAAUAAUUGACCUCUGCCCUAUUAUUUUCCUAUGGCUUAAAAAGGUUUACCAAUUUUGUUUUUAAUUUUCUCCUUUUCUAAUCUAUUGCAUCUGUUGCCUUCUUGAGAAA